AUGCGAAUUACAACCAAUCAGAGCUACCUAUCCAUGCUGAUCAUGUGUCAGUCCAUCAGCGAACUGAAGGGAGUCCAUGGUGCUUUGCUGCACGCAGAGCUCUGGCUGCACGCAUACGGAAAUCGACGCGACUCCGGCGAGAGAGGCCAAGAGGAGGAGGUGAUCGUCAAGGCGCUGUUGAACAUGGAGUCGCGCUACCAGGGAGGUCCCGAGGAUUGCCAGGUCCUGGAGGAGGUUCUAGUGGCGGCGGCGGCCCAGGCGGAGGCCCGAGCCGAGGAGUGCGAGCCCUGGGGCGGCGACGGCGGCGGGGGCGCCGCUCUGGACGACAGCCUGACCAGCCUGCAGUGGCUGCAGGACUUCUCAAUCCUGGGGGGCGGUGUGGCAGCGCUCACGCCGGGCAAGCCCACGGCGGCCGCCUACUGCCGGCUGGGGCCACUUCCCGCCAUCGUGGCGCGCGGGCAUUGCCCGGAUGAAGUGGACUACAAGACAGACGCCGGCGUCAAACCGCCGUACUCCUACGCGCAUCUGAUCUGCAUGGCCAUGAAACACAGCAAGCACAGCAAGAUGACACUGGCUGGCAUCUAUAAGUGGAUCACCGACAACUUCUGCUACUUCAGGCACGCCGAGCCCACCUGGCAGAACUCCAUCCGCCACAACCUGUCACUCAACAAGUGCUUCAUCAAAGUUCCCCGUCAGAAGGACGAGCCAGGAAAGGGCGGCUUCUGGAAGAUCGACCCGCAGUACGCCGAGCGCCUCUUGAGCGGCGCCUAUAAGAAGCGCCGCAUGCCGCCCGUCAGGAUCAACCCGGCGCUGCAGAGCCGGCUGGGGCUGGCCCCGCAGCCCCCCGCCCUGCGGGUGGACCCGCAGUCCCAGCGGCUCCUGCAGGAGUUCGAAGAGGCCACGGAGCAGAGCUGGGACGUCCGCCUGGCCGAGGGCACCAUGCUGGGGUCCUGGCCGGCGCCCCGCGGCGGCGUCAAGAGGAAGUCCAGCCGCGGUAACGGAUGGGGCAAGUCCCCACGCCGCUCUGGCUCCCCCCCGCUCCCCGCAGACGAGCAGAAGGACAGCGGCCCCCUCAAGGGCGACUUCGACUGGGACGCCCUGCUGGACUCGGCGCUCAGCGGUGAGCUCAGUCUGGACGCCGGCGACACCCUGGGCACGGUGGUCGAAGACGAGGAGCAGAACGGCCACUGCGCUGCCCCCGUGGGGACCACCGACACGUUGUCCGAGUCGCAAAAGUCCUUCUUGGGUUGCGCCUUCCUGGAGAGCGUUUGGCCGGAAGACGGGGAGCAAGAGCGUGGUGACUUCCUGUGCGGCGCCGGCGUCAACUUGGAGCAACUCUUUGACCUGGCCGACUCCCCCGUGGAGCCCUUGCUCUGA